GGUUGAYGUCUACGUGGUGAGGUUUGGAACCUCUAACCCGGUUGUACACUUAUCACCAUGGUUGAGACCCGUAGUGGGAAGGAGACUAGCCCCUACACCACUGAGCAGCAAGAAAAGAUGGCCGCCUUAGUUAGAGAGAGUAAGGAGAGGAAAGAGCGUGAAAAGCAAGCCAAGCUAAAGGCUAUCGCAGACGAGCAGGCGGCGAAGAUGAAAAGAUUGGAGGAGGAGAUAAAGAAAGUACAACAAGAGGAGGAAGAAAGAAGAAAAGCUGCUGAAGCAGAAGCGGCAUCAGAAGAAGAGAAAGAGAGGAUGAGGAUUGAGAGUGGAGAAGGGAGUAGUAGUGGCACGAUGACGAGGGAGACAGAUACAGGGCUGGAGAAGAGGAUCAGCGAGUGGGUCGCUAAUUUAUUGUUGGGAGAAGACAAGGAGGCGGAGUCCUAUGUGACUAAGGAUGAGAAGGCUGCGCUGGCCGCCGAGCUAGCAGCCAUGCUAGACCCGAUGGAACGAAGAGAGAGGGAGGAGGAACAAAAGUUAGCAUGGAAGCUGAGGAUGAAGAGAGAGAAGAAGAAGAGGAGAGAGGAAGUGAACAACAUGACCGCAGAGGUGGCAGAGGUGCAGGAGUGUAGAGCGGAGGUGCUGGCCCAACCAGACGAUAAGGCCAAGCGGGACAAAGUACUGGGGUACGUCUUGGAGAAGCUUAGAGAGGCUAACUUCAAGAUCAACGCGAAGAAGUGCGAGUGGGCCGAGACGCAAGUCUUAUACUUGGGCCACGUGUUGGACGGAGAUGGCAUUAAGCCAGAGGACAGCAAGAUCGCGGCGAUCAGAGAUUGGCCGACGCCCCGCGCAUUGACAGAGUUGCGGUCGUUCCUAGGCUUAGCUAACUACUAUAGGAAGUUCGUAAGGAACUUCUCUAUUAUCGCCGCUCCCUUGCGCAGGUUGCUGAAGAAAGAGGCAAUCUGGCAAUGGGACAAAGACUGUACGUCUGCGCUCAAGAAGCUAAAGCGCGCGUUAAUAGAAUAUCCUGUCCUCAAAGUUGCAGAUCCGUCUUUGCCAUUUGUCGUCACCACGGAUGCGAGUCAGUAUGGGAUAGGCGCCGUGUUGCAGCAAGACGACAGCAAUGGCUAUAGAACCGUAGAGUUCAUGUCAGCGAGGAUGCCCUGUGAGAAGGUCGCUACCUCCACGUACGAGAGAGAACUCUACGCUCUCAGGCAGGCUUUAGACCAUUGGAAACACUACCUGCUUGGGAGGCACUUCAAAGUAUAUUAUGACCAUGAGACACUUCCUUGGCUAAAGACCCAGGCCAAGAUGACACCUAAGUUGACUAGGUGGGCCGCAGAGAUAGACCAAUUCGACUUUGAGCUCAAGCCAGUGAAGGGCAAGUACAAUGUAGUGGCGGAUGCUCUAAGUAGGAGAUCAGACUACUUUGGAGCCGUAGUACAUUAUCUGGAUAUAGGGAGAGACCUGCAAGAGAAAGUGAAACAAGCGUAUACGCAGGACCCUAUCUAUAACGACCUCCUAAAGAGAGUUAGAGAGACCCCAGAGACCGAACCAGAUUACCGCACUACAGACGGGUUGUUGUUCGAGAAGACUAAUGUGUUUGACCGCCUGUGCGUUCCCAACUGCGAAGAGAUCCGCAGUUUGGUUUUAGGGGAAUGCCACGAUAUUGAAGGGCAUUUCGGUUGGCAAAAGACAUUAGCCAACCUGGUGCGUGCGUAUACCUGGCCAGGGAUGAAGAAUGACUGCAUAGAGUAUGUCCGCAGUUGUAAAGUGUGCCAGAGAAAUAAGUAUACUACACGCGCGCCCUUAGGUCUUCUCAGGCCCUUGCCUAUUCCGGAUCAGCCGGGAGACUCGGUGUCUAUAGACUUCAUGGACACGCAAGUCAAGAGUAGACAUGGACUUCGGAGCUUGAGAGAGAGGGUGCUAGGCUGGUUCGACCCGGAAGGGACGAUGAAGGUUGGAGAAGGGGUGGAAGCUGGUAAGCAAGAACGAGGCUCCGGCACCAUCGGUGGAAUAGGAGGAACCGAGGGGGGACUUAGAAUGAUGGUGUUUUCCCUCACGCGCGCACUAAAUAAAAAUCAGAGGUACCUGACCGAUGCCAAGAAGAGGCUAACGUUCGGUGGGGUGAAUAUCAUAAAGUUCCUGAUAGACUACGAGAACUUGGGAGCAUUACUAAGAUGGAGUGAGGAAGAGAAGAUGGAGCACCUAAGGCGGCAUGUGUCACUGAGCCUAGGAAGGGACAAUGGCUAUCGUCGCCACCAGCGGAUUCUGGAAAAAGGCUCGAGACGUAACGAUGAGGAAAUACUUGGCAGCCGAGAAAAUGGCUACGGAGAUAGCGCUAGUUGCGGUGCAAAGAAAGAACUUUGCAACAUACAACGAUUUCUUGAGGGAAUUUAAUUUGUGGCGUUGCGAAUCCCAAGGGUAACUGACCGUAUAAUAAGUAAGUACUUCCUCGGGCAAUUUACCUAGUUCGAUAAAGAUAAGAUCCUAUC